AUGCAGAAGCCAUUGACCCUCUUCUCGCCCCCGAGCCCCGCGGAACACGCCGCAUUCGGCCCCUUGGGCUCCAGACAACACCUCUACUCCUCGCGCUUCGUCGGCACCGAGUUCCCCGAGCCCAUCGAAGAUGAGCCGCCCUACUACUUCCUCAUCACCACCUACAUCUCCUACCUCAUCCUCAUCAUCUUCGGCCACGUCCGCGACUUCUUCGGCAAGCGUUUCAUGCAGGACUCAUACAAGCAUUUGCGGGAAAGAGACGGGUACGCGCCGCUCAACAGCGACUUUGACAAUUUCUACAUUCGACGCCUGCAGCUGCGGAUCAACGACUGCUUCCGUCGCCCGGUGACUGGGGUGCCGGGCCGCUUCAUCACCCUGCUCGAUCGAGAGAGUGACGACUUCAAUUUGAGCUUCAAAUUGAAAGGCACCACCACCGAGACCUUGAACAUGUCUUCUUACAACUACCUCGGCUUCGCUCAAUCCGAGGGCGAAUGCGCCGAUGCGGCCGAACAGAGCAUCAGGAAAUACGGAAUCUCCUUUUGCUCCCCGCGCGCGGAUUGCGGAACCAGCGAUCUGCACUUGCAGGUGGAAAACCAGGUGGCGAACUUUGUGGGCAAAGAAGCCGCGACGAUCCACAGCAUGGGCUUUGUGACGAACGCUACCAUCUUCCCUGCGCUGGUCGGGAAGGGAUGCUUGAUCAUCUCCGAUCAGCUCAACCAUUCGUCCAUUCGAUUCGGUGCUAGACUUUCCGGGGCGGUAAUUGACAUGUUCAAGCACAACGACAUGUCCGAGCUGGAGCGCUUGCUGCGCGAACGCAUCUCUCAAGGACAACCGCGUACCCAUCGACCGUGGAGGAAGAUCCUGGUGGCCGUUGAGGGGCUGUACAGCAUGGAAGGCACGCUGGCCAACCUCCCGGGACUCGUUGCAUUGAGGAAGAAGUACAAGUUCGCCCUGUACGUCGACGAGGCGCACUCUAUUGGUGCGAUUGGCCCCCGAGGCCGCGGCAUCUGCGACUACUUCGGCAUCCCGCCCAGCGAAGUCGACAUUCUCAUGGGCACCUUCACCAAGUCGUUCGGGGCCAACGGCGGCUACGUCGCCGGCUCGCAAGCCCUCAUCGAUAAGAUCCGCGUCACCAACGCCGGCAACAUUUUCGGCGAGACGCCCACGCCCGCCGUCCUGACACAAAUCUCCGUCAGCCUGAAAAUCAUCAACGGCGACCUGGUGCCCGGGCAAGGCGAAGAGCGCCUGCAACGCCUCGCCUUCAACUCCCGCUACCUGCGCCUAGGCCUCAAGCGCCUCGGGUUCAUCGUGUACGGGCAUGACGACAGCCCCAUCAUCCCGCUCCUUCUCUACCACCCCGCCAAAAUCCCCGCCUUCUCCCACGAAAUGCUCAAGCGCAAGAUCGCCGUCGUCGUUGUCGGCUACCCCGCGACGCCGCUCAUUUCUUCGCGCGCGCGCUUCUGCGUUUCCGCCGCGCACACCAAGGACGACCUCGACCGCUUGCUGGCCGCCUGCGACCAGGCGGGCGAUGUGCUGCAGUUGAAGUUCAGCUCGGGCGUGGCGGGCGGGCAGGAGGCGAUGCACGACGGGCUGAUGAACGAGAAGCAGAACGAGAUGCGCGCGCGGCUGGAGAGUGGGAGUGAGGUCGUGGUCACACCGCCCCGGUGGCGGUUGGAGGAUGUGAUUCGAUGCGGCGUGGCGGACGUGAAGCAGCCGCUUUACUGA